UCCUCUCCUUUCCUCUCCCCGCCCCGCCGCCAUGCCCGCCGGCGUGCCCUGGCCCACCUACCUGAAGACGCUGGCGGCCAGCCUGCUGGCCAUGCUGGCGGGGGCCGAGGUGGUGCACAGGUACUACGGGCCCGACCUCAGUAUACCCGAAAUACCUCCUAAGCCUGGAGAGCUGAGAACAGAACUAUUGGGUGUGAAAGCGAGAUCGAGCAAAGCUGAAACAUCCCAGCACUGACCACACUUUACUUAUGUUAUGAGAACUGGGACUGAUAAAAGCGUUUGUUCAACUAUCUCAACUGCAGCAACCCACAUGAAAUGUUCUUUAUGCUUUUUUGUUUCACCAAAGUAGAAUUUACAGGCAGCACAUCUUGUAAAUAAAUGCGUGAUGAAUACUGUCAAAAAUCCAAUCAGUUGUUUACCAAAGAGCGUAUGAUUUUAUUUUAGUCUUGAUUUGCAGUGUAAAUAUCCUCCAAAAUAAAAGGUGUGAACUCACAUUGA